AAAUCAAAAGCUAAAAUGAUCACCAGACGAAGAGGUCAUUCAGACAACACCGAGCACACCUCAAAUUGGCCUUUUGAAAUUGAAGUCCCUGACUUUGUUGAAACUAUACAUUUUAAAACGAGUCCCUACGAAGACAUGAGCUCAGAGAAUGGGGAUAAAACAGUCGGAUUAGAGCUUGAUGGUUUACUUGGAAUCGACAAGUUAGACUGGACAUUUGAGAAGGAUGCUGUCGCCCCUCUUUUCGACAUUGGAUUGACCGAAUUAGGUGUGGGUGACACAACAGAUCAAGAUUUUGGAAUUGGCGCAUCCAGGACGCCAUCACCAGAAGGAAUGUCUGCUGGUCAGAAAAGGAAGAGGGAGAACCUGUCUGGGCGCCUGAUCAACAAGAACGCCAUCGCUGCAAGAAUGAAUCGUCUGAAAAAGAAGGAAUACGUCAACGGGCUGGAGAAUCAAGUUGGGUCUCUGUCGUCAGAAAACCACAUACUUAAACAGGAAAACGUCCAAUUGAAUAAGAGGGUGGAAGAGUUGGAAGAUGAGUCGAGGUACCUGAGAGCUGUGUUGGCCAACGAGAGUAUGUUAGCCCAGCUGUUGUCAAGGCUGAGCGGCGUGAAUGGCAUGAAAUUAUCUUCCUCACUUUUCCAGGAGUCCAACAGGAAUGAAGACCACGAUUAUGCCUUGCCUAGGAAACUUGUGAAGAUGGAGAAGGAGACCUCUGGUGGCGUCUGUCUGCACGUGGACAAGAACCACGUCUCAGUGGAGUUCUGCACUAAGUGUGCAGAGAGUGCAAGUGCAUCACUCAAAAUGUAGGGUCGAGUACUUUUCUGUUUUCAGAUGUGGAGACUGAACCUGAUUUAACCUCAGAGUAAAAAAAUAUCAGGGGAAUUUAUGAACACUUAAAACUGUUUUGAGAUCAUUAAUUAAGAAUUGUUGAAUGAGCAUGUGUGAAAUCUUAUGAAACCAAUGAUUAUAAGAACACCUUACUCGUUAAACCUUGUUGCCAGUUUUCUUCUAGGUGAUGAUUGUUCAACCAUGCUGGAUGAAUGGGUUACAGAACGUCCUUGUCUGCUUGGCUCCAUGUGGAUUCUGCUGUCGGAAGCUGAAGAGGUGGAACUCGCUGCUGCCAACUUGGCCUGUUAUUUUUUUAAAGGUAGUAUAACAAAUAGUGUAAGUGACUACAUGUUACCAGUAUCCCACCACACCUUUGAAAAAAGUACUGAAUUUAGAAUAUUGUGGAUGACAAGUGUUCCACUACCUAUUGCAUUGACAAUAUCAGAGGUCGUAUAAUAGUUUCUUAAGUUUAACUUGACUUGUGUUGACACUUUUCAAUGUAACACAUUUGUAAAAGUAUAUUUUAUUAUUGAUGUGGUGAUCCUGAUAGAAAUGGACAUCACCAAUGUUGUAUAAACUGAGUCAGUAUGUCUUGAAGAAUUAUGUAUAAUACAAGAUGUUGUGCCAAUCUCUAAACGAGAGAACAAUUUUUAAGGAAGAUUGGUUUUGAUAAAGUAAUUGACAAUAAAUCUUAUUUUGAUUA